AUGGCCAAAGUUCAUAUCUUGUGUUCAUGCCAGGUGCCCCAGGUGGAAGAAGUCGUUUCAACGAGGCACAAAAACAUCUUUCCUCUGGAGCUCAAGGUUACAGCUGGAAUCAGAAAAAGCAAGAAAACUCUGACCUUCAAACACACACCAGGAGGCAGAGGCAAGAACGGAGGGAGAAGCAGCGAUACAGUGAUACAGAAACACAAGGUGGAGGAGAGGAACAGACUGAAGCUGAAGAAGUGGAGGAGCGGGAAAUGGAACAAGAGAAAGGAGUGGAGACUGAUCGGUAUACAGAAACAGGCCCUGAUCCAGUCUAUGGGGACGAGGAGAGGAGUGGAGACUAUGACUGGGAGACAGAGGAGGACGGACAACCAGGGAGAGCCAGGCAUCGGCCACAGAGGUCCAGAAGGCCAGGCUGGUCCUCCGGGACAGAAGGGUGAACCAGGUGAGCCAGGGCCUCCAGGUGCUCAGGGCAUUCAGGGUAUCCGUGGUAGCGCAGGCAUGCAAGGCUCCCCAGGCCUUAGGGGCCCCCCAGGGGACCCAGGAGAGCCGGGCAGAGAGGGGGACCGGGGUAAAAGGGGGAAGAAUGGAUCACCUGGAGCUCCAGGACUUCGAGGAGCAGCAGGACCUCACGGUCCUCCUGGUGUUCCUGGAGGAAAAGGAGAAAAGGGUGACAGUAUUCCUGGAGAGCCUGGUGCCAGGGGGUUGUCUGGCUUCCCAGGCAGAAAGGGUGAAAAAGGCACUCUAGGUAUUAAAGGAGCUCCUGGGCAUUUAGGUUUAAAAGGCUUGCCUGGCAGCAGAGGUGAAAAGGGUGAACGUGGGUUACCUGGAGUUAGGGGCGAAAGGGGGAGUGUGCUUCAAAUCCAAGGACCCCGUGGAUCUAAGGGUUCCAAAGGAGAGGCAGGUGAGCGAGGCCCACCAGGUUUUGAUGGUGACAAAGGAGAAAAGGGCGAGGACGGUCCUCCUGGAGUCAAGGGCAUAAAGGGUGACGCAGGCACUAAGGGGGCAUUAGGGCGUUUUGGAGCACGAGGACCAGUAGGCCAGAAGGGAGAUCCAGGAGAGCCGGGACUCAAUGGAGUGAUGGGUCGCAAUGGGGAUCAUGGAGGAGACGGUGCCAAGGGGGACAAAGGAGACAUGGGACUGCUGGGCCAGAAGGGCAAUCAAGGUGAUCCAGGAGAACCAGGCUUACCAGGAGACAGAGGGGAGAAGGGGGAGAAGGGUUUCAGAGGUUUACCUGGACGCACUGGGAGUCCAGGCCUGGAUGGAGAAAAGGGCGAUAUGGGGUUGCAUGGCACCCCUGGUAUACCUGGGCUGAACGGACUCACAGGGCGCAAGGGAGAUAAGGGACAGGGAGGCACCAAUGGUGUUGAUGGUGAACCAGGAGUGAAAGGACACAAGGGUGCAGCAGGUUUUCCUGGUUUCCCAGGGUUUAAGGGGUCAGCAGGGAAUCCAGGAAGGGAUGGAGAUCAGGGACCUCCAGCACCCCCAGGACCCCGUGGGGACACAGGGCCUAAGGGGGACAGGGGAAGAAGGGGCAAAACCAAACCAUGUCAGAGGGGGGCACCCGGUGCUCCAGGACUAAGAGGAGAGAGUGGUACACUGGGUAUUGAAGGAGGAAAAGGGGAGAAGGGGGAGCCUGGACUUUCAGCUGAAGAAGUGAAGGAGCUAGUCACCCUGGAGGUGGUAGAAAAGUGUGGGUUGGAAUACAAGUUCAUGGUAAAGUCUGUGGAUCCAGAUGGAACAACUGCAAUGACUGAGAGUAAAAACGAGCCAGAUAAUGUGGUGAUAUCCCUCCACCAUGACCUCCAUAAAGAAGGGAUGGAAGAAGAAGGUGAAGAAGUGGAAGAAUAUGGAGACAAGCUGGGAGAAAUUACCAGUCCUGCCCCUGUGAUCCGACCAAACCGCACUGAUUCUCUUGAGUCGGGACAUAGGAAGAAAAGAAGGGUAUUUGGAACAAACACUGCUGCAGCAGACCGCUGCCUGGAGCCGAUGUCAGAGGGGGCUUGUUCAGAAUAUGUUCUGCUCUGGUACUUCCACCCUCGCUCAGGGGAAUGCAGGCCGUUUGUGUACGGGGGCUGUGGUGGCAACAGAAACAGAUUCUCCACAAGACAUGAGUGCCAGAGUUGGUGUGAGAAGGAGAGGAGAGGUACUGAGGCCUGGAGAUGAAACUAGCAACCCCAUACAAGAAAAUAACUUUUGUACAUAACUGUGUAAAAUGUCAUAACUUUGUAUUUUAUAUUGGAUUUAUUUAUACAUUUUA